GGUUGACGUUUUGUUUGGUCAUUUAUCUAGAUUUUUGUUUCUCGUAAUUUUUUUCAAUUUUAUUACUGUAGAAAAUUUGGUGGUGGUGUGAUGUGGUGGUUUUAGUUUUAAGUUGACUUGCCAAGCAUAUUUAUUUUUAUAUUAGUUUCGCCGAAAUAAGAUGGGAAAAACGUAUUGCCAAUCUUGCAAAAAGAAAUGCACCGGCGAGGUGCUCCGCGUCCAAGACAAAUACUUUCACACGCAGUGCUUCAAGUGCAAGCAGUGCGGCAACUCGCUGGCCCAGGGCGGGUUCUUCUCCAAGGACGGCCAAUACUAUUGCACGGCUGACUAUCAACGGAACUUCGGUACAAAGUGCGCAGCUUGCCAAGAUUAUGUCGAAGGAGAGGUUGUAACAGCAUUGGGAAAAACUUACCACCAACAGUGUUUCACCUGCAACAGAUGCAGACAACCGUUCCCAUCUGGCGAAAAGGUUACUUUCACAGGAAAAGAGGUGCUUUGCCCAAAAUGUGUUCAAAUUCCUGUCCGUGAUUUAACACCAAAAACUAGCCCGACUAUCAACAAUUCUAAUACAGAAUGCGCCGGCUGCAAGGAGGAGUUGAAAGAGGGACAGGCCCUAGUGGCGCUGGACCAGCAGUGGCACAUCUGGUGCUUCAAGUGCGGCACCUGCGGCAUCGUGCUGCACGGCGAGUACAUGGGCCACGACGGCGUGCCGUACUGCGAACGGGACUACCAGAAGCAGUUCGGCGUCAAGUGCGCCUAUUGCAACAGGUUCAUCAGCGGGAAGGUUUUGCAGGCCGGCGACAACCACCACUUUCAUCCGACAUGCGCGCGCUGCACCAAGUGCGGCGACCCGUUCGGCGACGGCGAGGAGAUGUACCUACAGGGUGGCGCCAUCUGGCACCCGAGGUGCGGCCCCGGUCCCACCGAGAAUGGCAUCAUUGUCAACGAGUCGGGCGAGGCGAACGGCCAUUGCACCGACACGGACGCGUCUGCGCGGGAUUUCGACGGGCACAGCACGUCGGGAGUCAGCGAAUUACAGUUUUCAAUGCGUUCCCGUACUCCUAGUUUGAAUGGUUCCCUGUACAGUCCUUCAAGCAUGUCUAGAAAGCAUUUCAAUUAUCGCACUCCAUCGCCAGGACUGAUAUUGAGAGAGCACAACAAAUCGGCCAAUAUGGCCGACGACAUUUCUAGGAUAUACACGUACAGCUAUCUCACCGAGGAACCCACCCUGGGUUACCUCAGGAAGCCGAUAGAUCCUUACGAUAAAGCUCCAACGUCACCGCAUUUCCAUCGGCCGACGUCGCAGAACUCGUUGCGCGGCAGCACCGGCUCCUCGAAGCGGUACGGCUCGCGCUCCGCGAUGAAGGUGAUGGUCGACUCGAUGCGCAGCGCGGAGACGCCGCGGCCCAAGUCGCCGGGCAUGAACAACGAGGAGCCCAUCGAGCUGGCGCACUUCCCGGGCGCCAAGCCGCCCCUGCCUGGGGAGGCGCCCAAGAUCGAGCGCGACGAUUUCCCUGCUCCGCCCUAUCCCUACACGGAUCCGGAAAGAAGAAAAAGAUACUCAGACUCCUACAAAGGUGUGCCGGACUCUGACGAAGACGAAACUGAUGGUACAGCUGCGAAGAAAAUUGAAGACUUGAAGCGAGAAGAGGAGGAACUGACCAAGAUAGCGAGCGGCAUAGGAAAAGUGUUUUUGAAGAACGUCCAAGAAAGAGAGAAGAUGAAACAGUGGAAAGCGGCUAAUCUGGACCCUAGGAACGCAUCUAGAACACCGUCGGCCAACAAAGAGCCGCAAUACAGACUGCGAUACGACAACCCAAUCGGCGCGAGCCCCUCUAGAAACAUGGACCAUCCGAAGCCGUUCGAAGAAGACGACUUCGAUAGAUCGCUGAGCUGUCGAUCUUCCAUGGGAAGAUCGGUCGGUGCUAUUCCUAACUAUAACGUUGUGAGUGCGCUGCGUCACGUCCCCAAGCCCGGCUACGGUUUGGCUCCCAGGUCAUACACGUUCAGUACGUCAGCCGGUAGUUCCGUUCCCCAAAUCCCUGGUGAUUAUUCAUUCUCUGGAAUGGGUGCUAAAACUCAUAGUACUGACUUCAGUUGCGGAAAAUCAGAUAUUUCCACCGGAUCCAUCACAGACGUCGAAAGAUGUGCCCUGACGUCCGAGAUGCCCGUGUCGAACACGUACGCGGGCGGACUGGGCCGCUACCCGGGCAACGCGUGCGCGUCUCAAGUGCGACGCUCGCUGCCCAACAUGGCGCACACGUUGCUGAUCAACGAGCCGGCCAAGAUCUACCCCUACCACUUGUUGAUCAUCACUAACUACCGUCUGCCCGCCGACGUCGACAGGUGCAACUUGGAGAGACAUCUGUCGGAUCAAGAAUUUGAAGCGCUGUUUCAAAUUGCGAGAGCAGAUUUCUAUAGGAUACCACAAUGGAAAAGGAACGAACUGAAACGUCGGAUUCGCCUUUUCUAAAACCCUCGUCGUAUCUAGAAAAAUUGCUUAUUCUUUGCUUUGUCAACUAAAUAUAUUGUUCUGUCUAGCUUUAAGCAAUGCUUUAGGCAUCCGCAAGAUGAAACAUAUUUGUCAUAAACACACAGUUCCUUAUUGUUGUUUUUUUGUGUUUAAUUUUUAACCCCCUAACAUUCAGUAGUUGAACUGAAAUACAUUUUUGCCAUAGACUAAGUUUUAUAAUGCGACUAAAACCAAAUAUUGCAGAUUUUUUGCUCUUCCAGUAAAUUAAACCUUCAUACUUUAGGUCUCUAUGACAAGGGUCACUUUUUCUCAAAUCAAACAUAUUCAUGAUAAAAUCAAUCAUUUUCUGUUCGAAAAUUCAGUGAUGUGGAAUCUAAGAAAUGUUUAGAAAUUAGAAAAUUGAUGUUUCAUUAUGAGUAUCAGCAGGGAUUUUUCUGGUAUUCUUCGAUUGAAGUACCUUCUAAAUCCUCUUUCAAGUAACUAUUAGUGAUUUUUAUAGUAAAUAAGUAGACACAAUAUAUUUAAAAAUCAAGGAAAUAGUUUCUAUUUUAUAAAUUGAAUUCACUCAACAACAAAAAACAUUGGCGUUUGUUCCAACAUGAACCGAAUGAAAAAUAUGACAUUUUUCACCUACUCCAAUUCUUAUAAAAUUGAUGAAAAAUUGAACCGUGUCUACAACGUAUAACCGUUUUUUAAGAGUAUUCAAACAUUGAUUGACGAGCAGCUCAAUUCCACAAGCCAUAUGUUGUGACCAUUGAGGUCGAAUUACUUGUUGUAUUUAACUUAUCUUUUAUAUUGUGACGUAGGCAAAAUAAUUUUGAUUUUAAAUUACUAGGAAGUGCAAAAAAUAGGGAAUGUACUAAGAAACAAAAGUAUCUUUAUUUCAAUUCCUCGCCUAUAUAUUUCAUAUUCUGCACUUUAGUUUCUUGGUGCAUACUAUUAUGUCAAAACAAAGUGUAGUUUUUUUGUCAAAUUUUGAAUAUUUUCUAGUGUUUUUGAGAAUGUAUUUUUAUACUGUACCUUGAAUAAGAUGUUUGUGCAACUGAUGAUGAAAGUUGAUGGAGAAAAGAGUAGCUAACGUCAGCUAUAGCUAUUUUUCAGAAUUAUAUAAUAAUUAUUUAAUAUAUUUAUAGUAUAUUGAGUUGAAAGUUAAUGAAAUGUAGAAUUAUUUCAGGUAUUGCUUUUUGGCUAGUCGUAAUUUUUCCACUAUGGACUUUGCUGUUAAGGUGUAUAUUGUUGAAUAUAUUAUCCUUCUUUAUGUUGCAUUUAAACUUGAAGCUUGUCCUUCUAUAUUUUAAUAAGUAACUGUUUCCCGUUCAUGACUACAUCGUGUCGAUUUUUAUUCUGAUUUCUGAUUACUGUUUAUACCAAAAAGACACUAAGCAAUAAUUAUUUGAAGUGUAAAAUUUCAAUAAACAAUUUUACAAUAAUGAUGAAUGAUAAAAUAUCACCUGAAAUCGUCUGAAAAGGGAACUAAAAAUCAUUCAAACAAAUUUAAUGGUAGCAAGGGAAAAAAUAAUCAAAAGAUAAAUGUGAUAUCUUAUAGGAGAUGCCCCAGUUGAAAAACAGUGUCGCACAGUUCCAAAAUGAUAUGGAGAAUGGUUUAAUUAAAGAAAUGUUCACACUUGUAAGUACUAAAAGAUAUUCUGGAUAUUCCAUAAUGUAUUGACAAGCCUGAAUGAAAAACAUGGAACUGACAGUACAGGGUUAGUUUUACCUCCAUUUCAACUUCAAAAACUUGAGUUUAUGAAAUAUAAAAAGUUGCCAGUAUUCAAAACAUACCAAUAUUCAGCUCUUCAUAAAAAAUGAAUUUUUGGCCUAACAAUUUUAAUUAUAUUCAGCAAAUUCAUGUCAUUUCAGUUUCAGAAGAAUCAUACUGGAUGAUAGGUCUGCAGUAAAAAAAUUAUCAUUAAUAAAACUAGCUCUGUUUAUAUUGGAAAUUAAUAACAGUUGAUUAUUUAUUUACACAAAAAAUUGAUUCAUCAGUAGGUAUCCAGCUUUGUGCCCUAGUUUCAUUCUUGUUAUUCUUUACCUAUACUUAUUAUAUUAUUAUAUCAUUUAGCAACUGUUUGAGCACAAUAAUGAGCUAGUUGCUGGUAGUUGUUGACUGUACCUCUUGAAUUGUCUGCUGCAUUGCCUAACAUGAAAAAUACAAUAUGAUCGGGUCUCUAUCUAACAGAUUGAUGAGAGGAAUAGGAAGUAGGUACUAUGAAUUUUUUUAUGUAGUUAAUUGCUUUUGGUCUACAUCUGAUACUAGGGGUAUUUCUUCUAUGGCAAAGCAGUAUGCACGACUUUUCAUAACGAAAAAAAGGCCAACUGAUGUAGAUAUACACAAUUGUUAGGUAUAGAGCCGAUCGAGAUUGUACAUUAUGACAGUGGUAUCAUGAAUUGUAUAUCAGAAAUUAUGAAAAACUUCCUCUUGCUAUUCCUUUGAGAUGUAGGUACCUUAUAGUGAUAUUAAAGACGAUUUUUGUCAAAAUUUAUUUUAUUAAUCUCACUCAAUUCUGGAGUUCAUCAACUUAGAUUGAAUAAAAUAUUAUUUAUGACUC